AUCGGCAUUAUUUCAAUGAUACUGAUACUAUAGCUGAGUGAUAGUGACGGUUUUGUGUCUGGCGAAGUUGUGGAAACCGAUCGAGACGAGCUAGUUCAUAGAUGAAGUGCCGAAGUAAAACUUAUAGCCUAGUGUAGCAGAAACGGGAACCACUAACAAUGAAGUCUGACGGGAGGGAGGACUACCAACAAUUUUCUUCGGAGGGAAAUAAGACCGACACAUGGCGGAAAGUCUUAAUAUUUUUGGUCAUAUUAUGUAUUCUGGCUGCGUUGACGGCUGCACUGACAUUCCUAGGAAUUGCAGGAAGCAGGCCGAAACCAGACCACUGGGAAAAAUGUAGCGAUAACUGCAGCAUCAUUCUGGUGGAGAGCAUUCCUGCUAAUUUGACCUUUCCACCUGGCUCCCCAUCCCAUGUGUCAACGUUUGAUACCUGGAUGAAGCUCAUCAACAUCGCCACUAAAUCCAUUGAUAUCGCUUCAUAUUAUUGGACUCUUAAUGGGAAGGAUAUCUACGUAGACCCAACAGACAAACAGGGAGAGGAGGUGUACGCUGCACUGCUGAAUGCUGGGACGAAACGGGGAAUAACCAUCAGGAUAGCACAGAACGAACCUAAUAAAUACACCGAUGACAAUGACACACGGAGUCUGCAGGAGGCCGGCGCUGCACAGGUACGCAGCCUGGACUUCAAUCAGCUGAUUGGUAGCGGCAUACUCCACACCAAGCUAUGGAUUGUGGACCAAAAGCACGUCUUCGUGGGCAGUCCGAACAUGGACUGGCGGUCAUUGACACAGGUCAAGGAGUUAAGUGUAGCAUUUUUCAACUGCAGCUGCGUCGGUGAGGAUGCUGCCAAGCUUUUUGAGGUGUACUGGACACUGGGUGAACCGGGAGCCAAGGUACCCAGCAACUGGCCCAGCAACUACAGCACACCAUACAACAUGAUGACUCCUAUGCAGAUAAAGGCCAAUGAGUCGGCCACUGACGUGUAUUUCUCGAGUUCACCACCUCAGUUUUGUCCUGAUGGACGGACAAACGACAUCGAUGCAAUUCUUGACGUGAUGGACAAAGCCGAGCAAUUUAUCCACAUUGCAGUCAUGGAGUACUACCCUUUCUUAGCCUUCGGUGACCAUCCGCAAUUUUGGCCGCUUAUAGAUGAUAAGCUUCGCAGCGCAGCAUGGGAUCGUGGUAUAUCAGUGCGGCUUCUUGCAAGCUCAUGGGAGCACACCAACAAGGAGAUGUUUGGAUUUCUACAAUCGCUGGCUGUGCUCAACAACACUGGCAAGAUGGAUAUUGAAGUGAAAGUCUUUGUAGUACCGGCAACCCCAGCCCAGGCCAAAAUCCCCUAUGCAAGAGUGAACCACAACAAGUACAUGGUCACGGACAAGCAAGCCUAUAUAGGUACAUCAAACUGGAGUGAGGAUUACUUUGUAGCUGAUGGUGGAGUAGGUGCCAUCAUAAAUCAAACGUCGUCCUCUGCUGCAGGGAUGGAGAGUGCCCAGAAUAACUUCAGGCAGCAAGUGGCUGACGUGUUUGAGCGGGAUUGGAACUCGGACUAUGCCACAUAUGUUAUAUAAAUUAUAUAAAACUGAAUAGUGCCCAAUAACAGGUGGUUUAGGUAAUGUGCCAUAAGUUUCGAAAUCAUUCAGCCCACAUCAAGUUGUAUCUGGUAUGCAAAUGAUACAUGUUUAUUGUUAUACCAUAGUACUAGAUAAAUAAAUAUUAAUUAGUUAUUUUCAAUAGCCACUGGAUGUACCUUUUGCAAAAAUCACUCAAUCAUGCCCAGGGUAUCAAGAUGUAUUACUAUACCUCAUACAUAUUCAUGAUUGAAAGCCGAUUGGUCCAUUCACCGUCACGUGCCAGAUGCCAUUUUUGCUGUAAACAAAGCUAGUGCGCACGUAUUCAUACACAGGGUAAAUACGCAUGCGUAGUACACUUUCGCAUGGGUUUUAUACUACGCAUGCGCUUUACGAAGCAAUCAUGGAACUGUCGCACGGGUGUAAUACGCAUGCAUGAGCAUCGCCCGAACUAGCUACACAUGAAAAUAUGACGGCAUAGCGUCACACGUAGCAUUUUCCGCAAUUGGAGAAUAUUGUGGACAAUAAAGAUGUCUCCUGUACUAAUUUUUUUCCCCACAAUACGGUAUAAACUCUAAGGAGCGGCUACUGUAUUUGCAAACAAACUGAACUUUAAUUUCCGAGGUUGAGUAAUAAUAUUGUGGCGGUUGUACCGACAGCAACCCUGAGUCAUCCUGAGAAGGCGUUGGGACUUCCCCCUGUUUUGUGGCAUUCUACCGCCAGGCACAGCACGGGAACAAUUGUAUUUGCGGGUGGCUCUGUCUGCAGCACUCGUGCAAGCACACGCGGGAACAGGGUAGGGGAGGACAAUGGGGCACUUUUAAAUCACACAAGGGACUCGUCUCUGUAGGUUGACAUUCAUUUGUUAUUAUCUACUCAGGCGGACUGUAAAUCAUCUAGGCCUUAACAGGUGUUUGUCACCUUCCCAGGUGCCUCCCUCUUCACAGGUGCGAGUUUCCUAAACAGGUGCCAGUUCCCGCUACAGGUUCUUAAUCUUUCCCACUACCUUAAUGUUUACUCACCACUAAGGCCUCACUACAUAUUCCCCUCAUCAACUGACUGAAGUAACACCGGUACCCUGAUAACUUCUCCCGGUUAGUCGCUUCACUUACGUGCACAGCUACCUACCACAACUAAACUGCACGGGCAAGGGACUGUCAGUAAACACGAUGCACUAUUUGUAACGGAACUGAACCGUGACUCUUGAAGAACUGUGUCUAAUGAGGAACUGCAUCGCUGAGUGCGCUAAGGCGCAUUAUGUGCAUCAGCCCUGGCUGACAUCUAUAGGUUCUUGUCUAUUUAACAACUAUGCUAGCCCCUGGCUACCACUGAUCAAACUGCUAUUGCGCUACACAGCCGAGCCUUAAGUUUCGGUCAGUCCCUUGACCGAUUAAACUUACAAAACUCUAAAAGCAAUACAGUUUGCGUCUUAUAAGGUGCACAAUAUUUGUCCUUAACAAUAUUAAACUUUUAAAAGGUAUAAACAAAAAAAUUUGAAGCUGGAAAACUCUCAUAACAUAUAACUUUUAAAACUUUAUACUUCUACAAAACUUUAGAAACUUCUAAGGUGCAAACACUUGAAUAACUUAUAUAAAUUAUGCAGUAUAAACAAUAAAACCUCUAAGGGUUCAUGAGAAGGUGUAAUAAGCUGGA